UUCGGGCGUUGUUAUUUUGGUACAGAUUCUAUCAAAGCUUACAUCUAGUUCCCCGCCUUCACACGUCUUAUCGAACGAACUUGGAAUCAAAUAUGGAAUUGGGUUUCACUAUGGCGUAUGCUGUUACUAUGGUCGCUGCUUUGAAAGGAAACAUGUUGCUUAUUUACAUCGUCUGGAAGAAACGUGAGACUAGAACUUUAACGAGUUUCUUGUUCGUCAAUAUGGCGGUAGCUGAUUUACUAAUGACUGUAUUUCAUAUGCCCGUCUCCAUAACGCACUUUUACGACUCUGGAUAUACUGGUACGUUCGGGAAUAUAUUCUGCCGUUUGCUAUUCUACCUUGAAGAUGUCUCUACAGCAGCCUCGAUCUUCAGUCUUAUCGCGAUGGCAUUUGAUCGAUAUUUUGCUGUCAUACACCCUUUGAAGCAAAUGACUUGGUUCCGAAGAGCAAAAAAUAUUCUACCAGUAAUUUGGAUCGCAUCCUGGACCUUCAUGGACGUCACACCAUUUUCUUACAUGGCAGAUGAUAGCAAUGGAAAAUGCUCCUAUACAAAUGAAUAUAUCCCAAGGGUCGCCUUUUGGACUUACCUAUUAGUCAUUAACUACAUAAUGCCUCUUACCAUUAUCUGUGUCCUGUAUAUCACAAUUGCGCGAAAGAUAUGGUUCCACGAGAUUCCUGGGGAAGUUGAAACUUCCAGAGCCCAGCCAGGUGAGCAGAUUCCCAAGAAAAAAGUUGUUCGAACGCUCAUCAUUGUUGUGGUGGUUUUUGCGGUAUGUUGGUUUCCCUUGCAAGUGCUCCGAAUGGACUUUGCAGUGACGGGUAAAGUAACUUGGCAGCCCGUGGCCAUUUACUUUAUUUCUUGGCUCGGUCAAGCUAACAGCGCCAUAAACCCCUGGCUGUACAUCGCUCUAAAUGAUAAAAUGAAUGGAGCUUUCAGGAGGAUGAUCCGAUGCAGUAGUAGUUGAGGGCAAGGAUAUCAACUGAGUGCCGCGCUUCGGCUGUUUCGGCUUGAUAUUUAAGAUGUUACAUUUCCGUGCUCAUAUUAAGAAUGAUGUACUAUAUAAGAUUUUAAUACAAGUAGAAAAAAUUAUUUCUUAUAAAAGAACUGAAUACAAAUUGAAUAUAGUUCGUUAGCUUGAUAUAAUGAGGCAGAAAAUAUAAUUUUUAAUGCAAGUCAUUUACUUCAUGACACGGAGAGAGUCGAAAAUAGUGGUGAUUAUGGUCAAACAAGAAAUAACAUUAAUCUAAUUCUUCCGCUAGUGAAAAUUAAUUUCCUAUUCGUUUACAUUUGGUCUCAAAGGGGGUAACCGUCAACCAGAAUUGGCCAAAUUAUUAACCGUCAAAAACGCAUUAUUUUUACCUUCAACCGUCAAAUAAUUAAGCCAAGUUCUGUUGUUUAUAAUUAAAAGUUUUGAUAUAUCACCA